UUACAGAUUUGCUCCUCGAUUUCAAGAUGCCGCUUACUCCAUUCUUCCGAUCACCAUUUACUGAUUUCACAGGCGGUUUGAUUAAUGCUCAGCAUUAUGACAAGUGUGGACAGUUUGAAUUGGAUGUUGUUGAAUGUUUAGAAGCUUAUGGACAGGAUAGAGGCAAAUUAAAGUGCCGAGACUUGAUUGAGGAUUUCAAUGAAUGUUUAACAAUGACUAAGAGGACUAUGCGAGCACUUGCAAUGCGCAAUGAGAGAACGAAACAAUACUGGUCUGGAGAACUCAAAGAGAAAUACCAAAAUCCAGGACCUAGAAUUGAUUCAUUUUAAUCGGUGUU